AGGUGACAAACACGUAUUGAUAUCAACUAAAAUAUUCGUAUAAUGGCUGGUGGUGCGUGUGCUGCGAUGAUGAGUGUGUCGUGUUGGUUGUUUGGGAUGAUGGUGGUGGGAUGCUAUGGGGAGAUGACACGAAAUUUGUCUGUCAUUGUCAAUCCUGACUGCAAAGUCAACACGAGCUGCAUGUCAAGUACCCAAAACUUCUCCCUCGUCUACGUCCGAGCUCCUUUAACCAAUGCAACUCAUCAACAUUACGAUGAAAUGAACUACCUAUGGAGCACAAUAGCCCAUCCAUCUAUUGUUGCAAGUCACACCAAAGUGAAUGAAAGUAUCACAGUUGACUGGAAUGAGGAUGAUGCCAACCCAAUUAACAAGAUCACACUGAAGAGUACCUUUUCACAGGCAAUCAUAGUCUCGAAAAUCUUCACUUUCAACUUGACAAAACUCAACUUGAGUGAUGCUGAGUUCAAUAAGACAAACAACAAUGUGACGUUUUCAAUUGAUUUGACGAAUAUAAAAUGGGAGGAAUACAAUAAAACGUCGGGAGUGUUUAAUGGAUCUUAUCACAUGCCUGCACUUGCUGAGAAUGGAUCACAUGUCAAUGGAACUGUCUACCUUGCUAUGAAGUGUUUUGCUGCUACGAAAGACGGAAGUCAAGGAGACUUUCCUCAUUUGCCGUUUUCAGCUAAUACGACGUUGGUCGAGUUGCAGCUUUAUCUGGAUGUUCCGUUUACAAGAGAGCAGGACAGCAGCGUUGGUCUGGAGCUGAUUGUUGUGCCAGAUCCAACAAUGAGAGAUAGAAACGUGGACAUUCAGACGAAGAGAACUUUGGAUGAUGAAUAUACACCGUCUAUCUUCUACUCAUACACAAUGGAAGUUGGUGGCAGUGAUGGAGGUUUCCUGCAGUGGAAGCCAAUCAUUUAUACAUCAGAGAAAUCCAAAACGGUAGAGAAUUCUGAGCAAAUGUACGUUCAGCCGAAAGUUGAUGGUCGAUCCUAUAUGAAACCAUUUAUGGAAAAAGCACUACCAAACAGCACUGUGGAUCCUCUAUAUGGAUCACAGAUUAGAAACGUGUCAGUCUUCUAUGUUGUGUAUCAUCCAUCCAAAGCAGCAAUAACCAACCCGACAUUCUUUUCAUGGACAAUAACAAUGGGCUACGGAGAGCCACCAACACAAGGCUUCUCUGCAAUCGUCAUUCUAACCAUUUCGCUUGGUCUCGGCAUCCCAGCCGGAGUCACAGUAUUAGGAAGCAUCUACGUUGUGUACAAGAAAUGGCAGCUCAGCAAGAAAACAUCCGGGUAUAUAUCAGUCAACUGAACUCGUAAAAAAUUUUAGACGACGUUUUGUAUGUGGCCUCUUUGGAUACGCUAGAUGUUAGAUGUUUGAUCAAUAGAGAUGAGUUAGUCGGUCAUGUGUUGUGGCUGGUGGUUAGUUUGGGGUGUCUUUGUGUUGAGCUUCGACAGCCUUGUUUUCUU